AUUUGUUUUGCCAACAAUGAAGCGACCUUUUAUUUUUAUUUUAUUUUCAACGUAAAUUUCUUCAAAUAUUUUUGCAUUACACAAAUUCACUCGCUCGAUAAGCACGCAGCAGCCAUUGAUGGAUUCAUGUUCGCCCCUACCGUCCCCGCCUAACCAACUAACCAGCAGAUUUUUUAUGCGCGAAGUGCCAAACUCAUCCUCUAGCGGAGGAGCUGACGACGGCAACAAAGAGGGUGGCCAAAGACCCCGCAAGGCCGACUACAGAAACCUAUCCAACAGCUCGCGGGCAGCGAGAAGCGACGAGCAGCCGUGGCGCAAGCGUUUCCGAGAACAGUGCCUUGACCGCCUCCACAGUGCGCGCGAUCAGUCCAUGAUGAAGCGCAGGCAGCUGACACACCCAGAUCAGAUUGGCGACAACGAUGAUGAUGGCGAUUCUGACACAGGGAUAGAGCAGCAGGACGAGUGCAUCCAGGUGUACCCAACGGGUGACCACGAUAUAUCGGAGGAGGAUAUGUGCAGAAUCAUCCAGCAAGAGUGGGCAAGGUUCAAGGCCGAGAUGGAGCAGCAGAGUUUAGAAUACGGCAUCCUUGACAACAAAAUAUUCGAUGAUAUCGAGGACGACCUGAACUACAGUGCCGAUGACAGGGGCUCUUGCGGCUAUGCGAGCGAGUAUGCAGACUGGGAGGACUAUGAGAACCAACUUUUGGAGGAGCACAUUAUAGAGGAAGCGCUGAUUAACAUGAACUUUGAUGACUUGGCCGACUUUCAAAAUGAAUAAAUAAUUAAAAAAGCACUUGUAUUAUUCGACAAGCGGCUGGU